GAAAACAUUAAUUAAGUUCUAAUCUUUGAUUAACCAACUAACCUAGCCAUUGGAUGUUCAAUAGUAAUUUGAUAAGGAUCUAAUUCCUUUCGUAUUUAGUAGAUAUCCCCUUGGAAAUGAAUCAGUUACGUCACAUGUAUCAUUUUUCACCAUUUUAAGAAAUGAUAACUGUGAAUAGCAAAGUCCUUAAUACUGACAAAGAGAAACUGGGUUUAGGUUUCCUCUGAGCUGAGUGUAGCUGUGUGUGGAUCUCUGCGAUAUUCACGUGAAUGACUUUACCUGAAUAAUCUUUCCACUUGAUGACGUCUCCAUGAUUUAGUGUUUUCCCACAGUUUCGAUCUCUCGAAGACUAUCACUUCGUAUCAUUGUGCUCACGUGUGGAUGCGCUAUUUUUUCUCUUCUUUUGAGUCUUGACUAGUGUCUUCUGUGAGAUGUGUGAGUGGAGUGGGAGGUGAGUAUCCUGUACACAAAAGUAAUAAUUGUUAUAAUAUUGUUUUAUCUCGAUCGUCCUCGUUGCUAUGCGCAUAUGCAUGGAACUCUGGAGGUUUUAGAUUCAUUUUAUAAUGGGCAUAUGCUUCUGUUUUUAGAAGUAACCAAAAUAUAAGGAUAUAAUAUGUAUAACAAAUUUAUUUAAAGAAUGACAAAGUCAUCUAUAUUUAAAUACAUUACUUUAGGAAACGGUGCAUUAUCUUGAUGUCUCAAAGGGAAUAUUGAAAUUUUACAAAAACGAAUUUAUGUAAUCGAUCAUACAUUUUAAGGAAGCCUAAAUAGUAAGCGGAAAAUAAGGUCUAGAUACGGACUAUAUGUUUCUAAAAAAUGUCUAGCUUCACACAAUCGUUUGGAGCUCUCGCUCAUUUAACCACACAGGAGCUCUUUACCUACCUUCCCAAUUUUAUCGCUGAAUGCGAUCCGCAAGUAGGUGAGUGGGUGCUGAUUACACCCGUUCGACGAAGGACUCUGCUCGAUCCGCUUAUUCAAUUGUGGGAGGGCAAAGAGUCUGGUGAUGAAUCUUCGGGUCACCUCACAGGAGCAAAAAAGAACCCCAAACGUUAUUCUUUAAGUACUUUUGUGUGUGAUGUGGGCGGAAUACAACUAGCUCCUCUGUCAGUAGCAAUGCUAUUCCUUUGUGAUAAAGAAUGUACACACUCAGGGGAUAGUUCGGUACCAGACAACGCACCUUUGUAUUUGCAUGUACGUUUAGGGUUACUCACGGCCUCAACGCCGUCUGUUUUUGGCGGGGAAGACAAUAUUAAGGUGAUUAUUAUUCAGCCAGACUGCGCGAGGCCUCAAGCGGCAACACUUUAUAUUCCACCAGUGCGUACUUUUACGAGAAGUGAUGUGAGUUCUUCAGGGGUGCGCACGCAGAAGAGAGAUAAGGCAGCCGUUAUGGCGUCCAUCUCACCGUCUUCUGCUUCUUGUAGGGAAUCCAUCGAGGCUAACGCACACCAAGAAUGGGUCGAAUGGCAGAGGCACCAUUGGUGACGUUGAUGCAAGUUAGACGGUGUAAAUAGUGCGAAAUGACUGUUUGAGGUUUUAGAGUAUGAUUACCUACGAUUUUAUACCGAAAGAUAUGGACUGCUGAAGUUCUUUUUAUUUGUACACUUUUUAAAAAAUCUUACAUGGAGGCAUUUAUAAUUAUUAAUGAAAAUUAUAAUAUAGGAUUAUCUUUUCAUAUAUAUAUUGAUUUUUUAAAACAAAAUAUAUUUGUUUAAAUUUACUAUUUAAGCAAUCCACAUGAAUUCCUAUUUUCAUUACUUAAUCCCAUAACUAGUAAAAAUUUCUUCAAUACGUUGGAUAAUUCACUCUAUUAAAAAAAAAAAAACAAGCUACAGAUGGAAAAUAAAACUAUUUUGUGAUCUAUUUCAAAGAUACAUAUUCUCUUUCUCUCACACACACGUAUAUAUAUAUAUUUAUUUAUUUAUAUUUAUAUAAUCAUCCUUACUGUUUUUUGUGCUCUACUUGUACUCAUAUCUA